AUGCCCAUACCUUGUAGAAGAUGUUGUGUAAAAAACGCUGUGCUGAAGCGCCCCAAAACAGGUGACGCACUUUGUAAAGAAUGCUUCUUCUGGGCAUUUGAAACAGAAAUUCACUACACCAUCACAAAAGCAGAACUAUUUAACAAAGGCGAUGCGGUUGCAAUUGCCGCCUCUGGCGGGAAAGACUCUACAGUCCUGGCGCAUGUGAUGAAAACAUUAAAUCAGCAAUAUAAUUAUGGACUAAACCUUAUGUUACUAUCUAUAGAUGAAGGUAUAACAGGGUACAGGGAUGACAGUUUAGAGACUGUCAAGCAGAAUCGUGAUGACUAUGAAAUGCCACUAAAAAUUCUUUCCUACAAGGAUCUCUAUGGAUGGACCAUGGAUGAGAUUGUUGCCCAAAUCGGCCGGAAGAACAAUUGUACGUUUUGUGGAGUGUUUCGGCGGCAGGCAUUGGACAGAGGUGCAGCCCUGUUGGGUGUAAAGUGCAUAGCAACAGGACAUAAUGCUGAUGAUAUUGCAGAAACUGUUCUCAUGAACGUGCUAAGGGGUGAUAUUGCACGGUUGAAAAGAUGUACUGCUAUUACAACUGGUAGCGAAGGCACAAUACCCAGGGUGAAACCGCUUAAGUACACAUAUGAGAAGGAGAUAGUGAUGUAUGCACAUUACAAGAAAUUGGUCUAUUUCUCCACCGAAUGUGUAUUUGCACCGAAUGCAUACAGGGGUCACGCUAGAGCUCUCCUCAAAGAUAUGGAAAAAGUUAGGCCUUCAUGUAUCAUGGAUAUUAUAUAUUCAGGUGAAACAAUGUCUGUAAAGGAACAAGUCACAUUACCAACACAAGGCAUAUGCACCAGAUGUAAAUUUGUCUCGUCUCAGGAAGUGUGUAAAGCGUGCGUUCUACUUGAAGGUUUGAACAAAGGACUGCCCAGACUUGGUAUUGGCAAAAGUUCUAAAGCAAAGAGAAUGUUAGAGGAAUAUAAUUCGACGCAGGUGAAUGGUACAGACCUAUUAGCAGAUGCUGUCAAUGAUUUGAAUGAUGUUAAUUUAGAUAAGAGUAAUAAAAUUGAUAGUAAGAAAAAAGAAUGUUGUGGUAAUAUUGAUACUACAUGUAAUAAGAAUAAAAGCAAUUGCUGUGGAGGUACUGGUAAGUGUAACACCCAACAUAGUAGUGCUGUCCACGAAAAUGGGGGUAAUCAAAAACUUAAUUCACUACUUGAACAGUAUGAAUUAGAUGAAUCAUCAAAUAUACAGGAUACAUUGCAUCCAGAAAGUAAUGGAGCUAAUGCCUCUGACAAUUCUGAUGGUGAAUCUUCCAAGGAAGAGGAAGAUGACACAUGUUCAAGCUCUUGUGGCAAAAUGGGGUCAUUACAAAUUGGUUUCUGA